AUGGCUCCUACAUUCGACGAUUCCGAGAAACUUCUGGAAGUGAGAAUAAGCGAGGCUCUCAACGGGGUGUAUAAAGGUGAUGUAGUGUGCUUAAAACACCCUGAGGACGACAAAAGACUGCUGAUACGACGCGUAACUGCCGGGCCAGGCGAGGAAAUU